AUGCCGACCGAUUUAGAAGAGGCAAGACUCACUUGUCGAUUUCAUAUCUCAUGGAAAUACUCAAGUGCGGACGGUUGGUAUGUUCAAAUUGUUCGAAUCAUCGCCAAACUUUUGACUGAUUGCGCCACAACAGCCGUCGAGAAUUUGAUUCCAUAUUCAUUAUCGAAGACUUCAAUAUUCAAGACGAAUGAUCUUUUGCCAGUAAAGGACUUGAAAUUACUGGUCCGCGACUACAAACAAAUCGCCAAAGAUGCGAUCACAAUCCUCAUUAAUCUGUCGACAGACAAGGAGAUCUUAGAAUCUCUUGCCAGCGAUAAAGAAUUCAUCAACACACUACUUAGCAAACUGACAAAACCCGCAGAACCAAAUGCAAACCUCAUUGCUAUGUUACUUGCGAAUCUCGCAAAAUGGGACGACCUGAAGCAGAUCAUAACCGACGAACGUCCUGCUGCACCGGAAGAAUUAAGCUCGAAUAAUCGCGCGAUUGAUCAACUGAUGGACCUUUUCGUGAAGGGUGCUGAUGGGACAUACAAUAAAGAUGCAGAUUACGACUACCUGGCAUAUCUAUUCGCAGAUCUAGCUAAGCACGAAGAAGGACGGAAAUACUUUUUGACGAAACAAGAAUACGAUGGCGUCGUACCUCUUACAAAAAUGACGGUUUUCACCGAACAUAAAUCUGAGAUUCGUCGCAAAGGUGUCGCCUCGACGAUAAAGAACGUUGCGUUCGAAAUUGAUUCGCAUCCAUCAUUCCUGGCAGAGGAUGAGAUUAACAUAUUGCCAUAUCUACUGUUACCUAUUAUGGGAAAUGAGGAAUUCGACGAAGAGGAUACCAUGGCGAUGUUACCAGAUCUACAAUUGUUACCGCCAGAUAAGGAGAGGGAUAGCGAUCCGACGAUCAUACAAACACAUGUGGAAACAUUGAUGUUACUAACGACCACAAGGGAGGGGAGAGAUAUUAUGAGGGAGAUCAAGGUUUACCCAAUCAUAAGGGAAACUCAUUUGAAGGUUGAUCAUGAUAAUAUGAGAGAGGCUUGCGAGAGACUUGUACAGGUUCUGAUGCGAGAUGAGGAGGGAGAAGAGAGAGUGGAUGCAGGCAUAAAAACUUUGACCAGAAAAUCCGACAAGCCUUUUUCAUCUCCGAAACCAUUCUCAUCGCAGUCAAAUGGUGUUUCGGGAGGUUGGGCAUCACAAGAUGCAGAAGACCCUGCGUCAGAUUCGGAUGAUGAUAAGAUAGUAGAUGUAUAA